AAUGGGUGGACUUGAAAAAUAUUGACUGUGCUGAAAGCAGAACUUGCUUAGUCUUUCUAUCGUCAUACUAACCUUUUCAGCAAAAUGAAGCGGAGUCUAGUUAUUCUACAUCUUUUCUUCUUGUGUUUCUGUGAUUAUGCUUCAUCACAAUAUGCUAAACCGAACGUCUGUGCUUCAUUCCGUUUGGAAAAUGGACUCACACAUUAUUUCACGAAGGACACAGAUUCUCCCAGACCGUCUCAGGGUAUUUACUACUCAUGUGACGCAGAUUAUAAAACAUUUGAAUACACAUGGUGGGGAGAAACAAGCUGCAGUCCGGAUGCUUUGGACUACACACCACGGUGUAUACACAAAAAUAAGUGUGGCCGUAUUCCCAACAUUCCACAUGGAAAACUAGCAUAUGACCAACAACAUCAAAGGGAUUUGGUCAAUGUCUAUUGUGAUUUUGGCUUCAAAGCAAACACAUCUUUCAUCACAUGUAAAAACGGACAGUGGACGACCACGAAAUGUGAACCCCUAACAGGUGAAAACUAUGGUGCUCCUCCACAAGUAGAAAAUGCAGUCAUCACUGAAUACACUCAAGAGCCACACCAAACAAUGGUGAGAUUUGAAUGUCGAGAACAUUUUGAACUAAAGGGGAGACAGACAGUUUACUACAUAAACAAACACUGGGAUAAAACACCUACAUGUGAAUUGUCAAAAUCUGCAUGUGGAAAACCUGAAACGAAGAUAACCCAUGGCAUCAUUAAAGAUUCUGAAGAGAUCAUGGACUACUACACAGAAGGAGAUACUGUGGAAUAUAAAUGUUUUGAGGGAUUCAUGUUUGAGGAUGAAACGUCCGCACGCUGUACUGACGGGAACUGGAUUUACCCAAAAUGUAUACGUGACAUCUGUGGGCCUCCUCCACAGGUAGAAGAUGCGGAUAUCAGGUCUUCCAUUGAAGAGCCACGAAAAGAAGUGACAUAUGAAUGUCAUGAACAUUUUGAACUGAAGGGGAGACACACAAUUUCCUGCAGAAGCAGAGGCUGGGAUGAAGCACCUACAUGUGAAUUAAAGCAUGAUCAACCUGGUACAACACCUUCCAAGACUACUGGCAAAGACUGUGGCCGGCCUCCACAGAUUGAAGAUGCCGUACAGGAUUUUAAGGAUCGAUAUGAGCACGGUGAAGAAGCUGCUUAUGACUGUCCUGCAUUCUACAAAAAGGAAGGUUAUCUGACCUGCACACAAGGCAGAUGGACAGGAAGUGGGAAGUGCUGGAAACCCUGCACUGUGGAUCUUAAAGCUAUGGAUGAACAUAAUAUACAGCUAAGGCAUAAAUACACAGAAAAAAUCUAUUCAACACAUGGAGAUUUUAUUGGGUUUUCUUGUAAAAGCGGAUAUAGACCAGUGGAAGGCAGUCUUUCCUUCCGUCAGAGCUGCAAUAAUGGAGAAAUUCCCUUGCCUGUUUGUGAAUAGUGAGUCACAGGUUCCCUUUAAAGUGCUGUGGGGGGUUAGUUGUGCACUUCACUGCUUAAAGAAGAAUCAGUCAUUUUAACCUGCUGUCUUAGAAGUUUAGAUGUUUGUGUGGUGAUAAAUAACUGAGGAGGCUGCCAUUCAAACUACAUUCAGAUAAACUUCCAUUCAGUUAGCAGAAGAAUGGAUUGUGUUCAGUCAAACACAAUAAAUGAUGAUAACCAGAGAGCUUCACUCACUUUCAUGAGCUAAAUAAACCAAAGAAAUGAUGAUUGUAAAACACAGUGUUCGAUAUAAUUAAUCGAUCCAUCUACUGGGAGAUCAAAUGAAAUGUCAUUUACAAACUUAACCUCUUAAGUAGCAUUAAAGCAGAAGCCCUUUGAACUACUCUUAAGCUUAGCUUCCUCUAUGUUGUUCAUUAUUUGUUUUCCAGCAAAAUUAAUAAAGCAUUUGACUUGUGACUUGA